AUGGUAAUUGGUGCCUUGGCUGGGGGAAAAGAUAACUGGGACAUCUUAGCGGAAGCCGAGAAGGAACAGUCCCGCAGACUCGCCACGUUAAAGGCGUACUGUGCGAACUCUGCAACGGUGGAUCCAUCGCAAGCCAAAGUCAAAAGCCAUCUACUGAUUUAUGACAACAUUAAAACGGUCUACUGCUACGUCCCCAAAGCUGCGUGCAAAACAAUGAAACUGUUACUUUACAAUCUGGAGUACAAUAAAACCGAGUUGCUGAGCGGUGUUAGUAAGGCUGAGUUUUUAGCAGACAAACAUAACUACACGGCUCGUCACGAACACAGGCCUGGUUGGAUCCACGGACAAGGGCAUAACUCAUUAAAGCAGUACAGCGAGGAAGAAGCAAGUCUGCGCCUCGCGACCUACAGGAAGAUCAUCGUUGUCCGUGACCCUUUGGAGAGGUUGGCGUCUGCGUGGCUCAACAAAUUCGUCUACAUGCCAGAGCAAAACGGUAACUUUGGGUGGGUCAGGAGUUUAAAUCGUCGACUGAGAACAUACCAAGAGCGCAACCUACCAGACAAGUCAAGCAAAGUGAAAGAAGAAGAGGCAUUCAACACCACAAAACCGGUACCUUUUAGAGAUUUUCUCUUCGCCGUUUCGAAGAGGCUAAUUGACAAUGAGCACUGGACAUCAUACAACCGGCUUUGCCUACCAUGCCAGAUUAACUACGACUUCAUAGCCCACACGGACACGAUCGCCUCAGAUGUUCGACUUUUCCUAAAGAAGAACAACAUCACAGCGAAUGAAGACGUUCUGCCGGAACAGCGGCCGAGACAAGCUAACGAUGACAAUGUUUUCGGGGGCAUUUACGGCCAAGUCCCGAUAGAAGACAUACUGCCUCUCCGGGACAUCUUCCAGGAGGACUUUGGCAUGUUUGGGUACUCCUUCGAACAGGAUUUGGCAAAGAUACGAGAAGCAAAGGCAAAGGUGUAGCCGAUUCGAGAAAACGUCUUCUUGAAAUUGAUUUAGUUUAGCAGAUAUGAGAACUAAGACGCGUAGAUUAUGAAACAUAUCUGUCCUGAAAAUCUACUACGAGGACUUUGACGUUUUGUAAGCUGAUAUAGCAAAGAUAGAAAAUGAAAAUUACUAUACAGAAUAUGUACCACAGGGGGA